AUGAAUUUUGGAAGUCAAACACCCACAAUUGUGGUUCUAAAAGAAGGAACAGACGCAUCUCAAGGUAGAGGACAAAUCAUCUCUAAUAUCAAUGCUUGCGUUGCAGUUCAAGAGGCAUUGAAACCGACCUUAGGACCCUUAGGCUCUGAUAUCUUGAUUGUGACAUCAAAUCAAAAGACUACAAUCUCUAACGAUGGUGCCACGAUCUUGAAAUUAUUGGACGUGGUACACCCCGCUGCUAAAACUUUGGUGGAUAUUUCUAGAGCUCAGGAUGCUGAGGUUGGUGAUGGGACAACUAGUGUGACGAUUUUAGCUGGUGAGUUGAUGAAGGAGGCCAAACCGUUUUUGGAGGAAGGCAUUUCGUCUCAUUUAAUUAUGAAGGGCUAUAGGAAGGCUGUUUCUAUGGCUGUCGAGAAGAUAAACGAAUUAGCUGUAGAUAUUACAACUGAAAAAAGCAGCGGCAGAGAACUACUUGAACGUUGUGCUAGAACUGCAAUGUCGUCCAAGUUGAUCCACAAAAAUGCGGAUUUUUUUGUUAAAAUGUGUGUUGACGCUGUUCUAUCCCUUGAUAAAAACGACUUAGAUGACAAACUAAUAGGUAUUAAGAAAAUUCCAGGUGGCGCUAUGGAAGAAUCCCUUUUCAUCAACGGUGUGGCCUUCAAAAAGACGUUCUCAUAUGCUGGUUUUGAACAACAACCCAAAAAGUUUACCAAUCCUAAAAUUUUGAGUUUGAAUGUAGAACUAGAGUUGAAAGCAGAAAAGGAUAAUGCUGAAGUACGUGUAGAACAUGUUGAAGAUUACCAGGCUAUUGUAGAUGCAGAAUGGCAAUUAAUAUUUGAAAAGUUAAGACAAGUGGAAAGAACAGGCGCAAAUAUCGUGUUAUCAAAAUUACCCAUUGGCGAUUUAGCUACUCAAUACUUUGCUGACCGAGACAUCUUCUGUGCAGGUAGAGUGAGUGCAGACGAUAUGAAUCGUGUCAUCCAAGCAGUUGGCGGCUCUAUACAGUCUACUACUUCUGAUAUAAAAUCAGAGCAUCUAGGUACUUGUGCCCUAUUUGAAGAAAUGCAGAUCGGUUCUGAGCGUUAUAAUUUAUUCCAAGGCUGCCCACAAGCUAAAACAUGUACAUUGUUAUUAAGAGGAGGUGCUGAGCAAGUUAUAGCAGAAGUGGAAAGAUCGUUGCACGAUGCAAUCAUGAUAGUUAAGAGAGCUCUACAAAAUAAAUUAAUUGUUGCAGGUGGUGGUGCCACUGAAAUGGAAGUAUCUAAAUGUUUAAGAGACUAUUCAAAAACUAUAGCUGGUAAGCAACAAAUGAUAAUCAAUGCCUUCGCCAAGGCUUUAGAAGUUAUUCCAAGACAACUAUGUGAAAAUGCCGGGUUUGACGCAAUAGAAAUACUAAAUAAAUUAAGAUUGGCUCAUAGCAAAGGUGAAAAAUGGUACGGUGUUGACUUUGAAACAGAAAAUAUUGGUGACAACUUUGCCAAAUUCGUAUGGGAACCAGCUUUAGUAAAAAUCAAUGCUUUAAACAGUGCCACAGAAGCUACUAAUUUAAUUUUAUCUGUUGAUGAAACAAUUACGAAUAAAGGAAGUGAAAGUGCUAAUGCCGGUAUGAUGCCUCCUCAAGGGGCUGGAAGAGGGAGAGGUAUGCCAAUGCAAUAA